AAUGGAGGAGAGGAAUAUUCUACGCGGAGAUUCAAUCUUGUUCUCUUCUGCUUCUCCUAAGCCCAUUAAUCUCCUCCAUAUAUACCUAUUCUCUCCAAACACUUUAUUGCAACAACAAUCUCUAAAAUCCCUCUUGUAUCCUUCUCGUCUCUUCGAUCUCUCUCUCUGCAAACCAUUUUAAUCAAUGGCUCUUAAAGCCGUUCAUGUCUCCGACGUGCCUAACCUCGACCAGGUCCCUGAAAAUGCUUCUCUUGCUCUCUACUCCACCCGCUUCUCCAAAGCGGUGGAGAUGAAUAGGGUACCUUAUAAGAUUCCCAAGUUUCUGGUUGUUGGGCAUAGAGGUAAUGGGAUGAAUAUAUUGACUUCGGCUGACCAGAGAAUGAAAGCUAUAAAAGAGAACUCUAUAAUGUCCUUCAAUUAUGCUGCUAAAUUCCCAAUUGAUUUCAUCGAAUUCGACGUUCAGGUGACCAAGGAUGACUGCCCAGUCAUUUUCCAUGACAACUUCAUCAUCUCUGAAGAUAACGGUGUUAUCUUUGAGAAAAGAGUGACAGAACUGUGCCUAUCUGAAUUCCUUUGCUAUGGCCCUCAAAAGGAAGCAGGAAAGAUAGGCAAGUCUCUGCUAAGGAAAACAAAAGAUGGGAAAAUUGUUAACUGGAAUGUGGAGAAAGAUGACUCUCUUUGCACUUUGAAAGAUGCAUUUCAACAAGUAGAGCCUUCUCUGGGCUUCAACAUUGAAUUAAAAUUUGAUGAUCACAUUGUCUAUCAAGAAGACUAUCUCAUCCAUGUGCUUCAAGCCAUCUUGAAGGUGGUGUUCGGAUAUGCUCAAGAUAGACCCAUUAUCUUCUCAUCCUUCCAGCCUGAUGCAGCACUGCUUGUUAGAAAACUGCAGAGUAACUACCCUGUAUUCUUUUUGACAAAUGGGGGAACCGACAUUUUCUAUGAUGUGAGGAGAAAUUCUCUAGAGGAGGCUAUAAAGGUUUGCUUAGAAGGUGGUUUGCAAGGCAUCGUUUCUGAGGUCAAAGGGAUUUUCAGAAAUCCUGGAGCAGUGACCAAAAUCAAGGACGCUAAUCUCUCACUUCUAACCUAUGGAAAAUUGAAUAAUGUGGGUGAAGCUGUCCAUAUGCAACAGUUGAUGGGGGUAGAAGGAGUAAUAGUUGAUCUGGUUAAAGAGAUAAGUGAUGUAGUCUCUGAUAUGAUAAAGCCAUCCAAGGGGGAUGAAUCAAAUCCUCAAUUCUCAGAGAAAGAGCUUUCAUUUCUUCUGAAACUUAUUCCACAGUUGAUACAGGAGUGAUUCAACCUGCCCCAUUUAUAUAACUAUAUAAUUUCUUAAAUUUUGUCCCAUUUGAUAGCUUGUACAUAAUCCAUGCGUUCCACAAAAAUUAAAAAAAAAAAAAAAACAGUAUUAAAUUC